AUGCAUGUCUGGAAGCUCCUGGCGCGGGCCGUCGGCGAGUCCGACCCCAACUGUCGCAUGGCGUGGAUCAUCGAAGGCCGGAGGUGCAUCGAGCCGUCGGAGGGCGCGCUGGACCUGUACAUGGGGAACGUGGUCACCUACACGUCCCGCGAGGAGAGCGUGGCGGGGCUGCUGCACGCGCCGCUGCACGACGUGGCGGCUGCCACGCGCGCGGCCAUGGCGUCGGUGGUGACCAUGGACAGGUUCCAGGAGCUGGUGGACUGGGUGGAGCUGAACAAAACGGCGUACAAGGACGGCGGGAAGUGGACGGAGGCGGUGAACCUCGGCCUGGGCAGCCCGGCGCUGGUGAUCUCCGGAAUGCUCCCGUUCGCCAUCGACGGGGACCUUGGGUUCGGGAAGCCGAGGAUGGUGUCGCCGUGGCUGCGGCACGGCCGGCUGGGGUCGGCAUCGAUGAUGGCGGUGCCCUGCCCGAGCGGGGACGGGUCGUGGUUCAUCGGCGGCACCAGGCUGUGGCCGCGGCUGGUGGAGGUGAUCGAGGCCGGCCCGGAGAGCUUGCUGAAGCCGCUGACGGCGGCGAGCCUGGGGUUCGAGGCGCCCCACGGCUCUCGUCUAUGA